AAAAAUUUCUCUGAUGUUUGUUUGACUCUCAUAUAUCAAGAUGGAGCUGUACAUAAUCAUUCUCACCCUUACUGUUUUCUCAACUGAUGCUGAAUUUGAACAUGAAGCUUUCCAGUUUAUAUCAUGUUCUAAUACAGAAGAACAGUUUUACAUUGGAUAUAAUGAAGAGGAGUUGUGGCAUGUCAACUUUGAUCAGAAGACGGGAGUUUUGACAUCACCUAAUUUUACAGGACCUAUGGCAUUUGAUGAAUUUUAUAAUCGUGGUGUUCAUGCGAUGGUAGUAUGCAGAAGUAACUUACACAACUUCAAAACAGGUUUGGAGAACCCACCACCAGAAAUGGAUGCUCCCCAGACUUCCAUCUAUCCAAAGGAUGAUGUACACCUGGGUGUUCAGAACACCCUCAUCUGUCAUGUGACCGGCUUCUAUCCUCCAGCUGUCAGCAUCUCAUGGAAUAAGAAUAGUGUUAAUUUGACAGAAGGCAUGAGUUUAAGUCAGUACCGUCCAAAGACAGAUGGUACCUUCACCGUCUUCUCCACUCUUAAGUUUACACCCAUUGAAGGAGAUGUUUAUAGCUGCACUGUGAACCACAGAGCCCUCAAUGGCAAACCUAAGACCAAAAUAUGGGAUGUUGAUCUUGCCCUCCCAAGUGUUGGUCCAGCAGUGUUGUGUGGAGUGGGUCUGACUCUGGGGCUGCUGGGAGUUGCUGCUGGAACUUUCUUCUUUAUUAAAGGAAAGAAUGCAAGGGACAACUGAGCUAUAUAAAGAAAUGUUGAAAAUAUCUAUUAAUUGUAUUGUAACUGAGCUUUGAAAACAAUGCUACAGUUCACUUGUCUGUCAUUCAUGAUAGGUAGCAUUGUUGGUGUAUAAAUAUGUACAACAUGCAUAAACCUGGAUUAAAUCUGUAGCUUUUUUUUUUUUUUUUUUUUUUGCAUUAUCAGUUUCAUAUGGGGGUGUAGUUUCUUUCUAAAUAUAAAUGCAAAAUUAAUAACAUACAAAUUAGACAUGUUUAGCAUACAAUGAGUUAACACUAACACUUUCUAUUCUCUUAAAUAAUAAUAAUAAUAAAACCUUGCAACAUAUACUGUGCUAGACUAACUGGUGCUUGUUCACAUGCCAUUUUGUUCUCUACAUUUGCUUUUUUAAACUGUCCUCUCUCACACUCCAUACUGCCCCCACAAAUUAAUGCUUACAUUACUUUUUGAUAUUAUGGACAUUAGAAUCAUUAAUAUUUCAGAGCUGUCCAACUCUGUGGUAGCUCGUUAACCUCAGUAACACAAAAACCAUCUGACCAUUAUGAGUUACUGAGGUUAACAAGCUACCACAGUGUUAGGGACACUUAAUAUUCAACAAUAUUAUUGAUCUAACUGCAUUGACACUAUUGUAUGAGAGCUGAACUGAGCUGGACAAUGCAAUCACUGUUUUCUCCAGAGCUGCUGUAUAAAUAAAUUAAUUAAAUUAAUAACAAAUGAUUUUUACAAUGGAAAUGAAUCAAUAUUGAACUUACUUAAGCUGGACAGUUACACUAUUUUCUUUUAGAUCUGCUGUAAACCUGAAACAAACUUUGUUGCAUAAUUACCCUGUUAUCACUGUAAAGCUGCUUUAAAACAAAAUGUAUUGUAAAAAGCGCUAUUUAAAUAAAAGUGUCUUGACUCAAACAUUCAUAAUUCAUAGUAAAAUAAAAUACAAUUUAAUAGUCUAUUAUAGUGAAAUUAAAAUGAAUUUGGAUAAAAUCAUGUAAAUGAAUAAAUAUGUGAAAUGUAAAUGAUUUAUUAAAUUAAUUUGCAAAAUUAAAAACUUUACAAAAUAAUCUAACAUUUUAUUACAGUAUGUAAUAACUGUAGUUCAUUAAAAUGAACUUAACUUCAUAUAAAUAUAUAAACUGGACUUUAUUUCAUGAAUAAAGGAGAAUUAGAGCUCCAGAAUGUCAGUGCUUGUUCCUGUUGUUGAUAAAAUGAAUGUAUGGGAAAAAUGUUUUAUAUUCUGUUACUGCUUGAUUGUGAGCUCUGCUGCUGUAUUUUGGGGUAAUUUGGGCCUAUUGGAUACACUGUAAAAAAAAAAAAAAAAAAAUCCAUAAAAAUAGGGCACAAUGUGCUGUACAAGUAUGAUGGAAUUUUCCAUAUCGGUUUUGUUUUUUACUUAUAUUUUAAAUUACGCAUUGUGUUAUGUUUUAGGUUUAAUGGAAAUUUCUGUGAAAUUACUGGAUAAUGUCCUGGCAGAAAAUUACCACUACAUUUUCCAUUUGUAUUUUUUACAGUGUAUAAUACAGCAACCAAUCAUGAUGUGGCACGACAAACUCAAAUUCCAUUUGACAUUGUGAAAUGGAGCGGUAAUUUGCCAGUCUUAUUCAUAAAUUGGUUGAAAACUAUAUAGCCAAUGUCUGUUUUCAUUUUGUUGUUGUUGUUUUUUUUUACAAAGGUGAAAAAAAGAGAUGAGUAUUGUUCUUUUGAUUUUGAAUGACGAGAAGAAUUUGCAUUUGUGGAACUAUCUGGAUCUGCGGUUUGUCCAUCCAUCCAUCCAUUUUUACAUCAUUGUACAAUUGAAUUGCAUCGCUUUAAAUUUGUAUGUGAAUUGACUAAAAACCACUCCACAAAACUACAAGGCACUACAAACAUGGCACAGGAAAAAAGAAGUACAACAGAACUACGAAAUAAAAGUCCAUACAAACAGGGAACAUGUAACAGAAUUAUUCAAGUUUUCAUUAAAAUAGCUCAAAACUUGCACCAUGAUGAAUUCACCAGCUCUGGUGAAUUGCAAUGCAAAAAUGUGUAGGUGUGCCAGAGAGGAUGCAGCUGAAUUUGCUUAUUUUCCUAGUAUACCAGAUUGUAUUCAUACCAUACACAUACUAAAUAGAACUAACUUUUUUAGCGUUCACAAAAUUGUCAUGUCUGUUUUGGGUUUUUAAUUCAUGUCUUUUAUUUUGAAGUUUAUUCAUAAUUAUGUUUCCUGUAUGUCUUGUGCUUCCCCUGUUCUUGUCAUGUUCUCAUUGGUUUGUUCUAGUCAUGUUGUCACGAUCACUGUCUGUGCCUGUCAGUUCCUGGACUCCACUUCCCAUAAUCCUCCCUUCCAAUCACAUGCACCAAUCACCAAUUGCCACACACACCUGCAGAUCAUUACCUGGACUAUUUAAGACACACACACACACACACACACCCUUUGUGAAGUCUUGAUUUGCCCCGGUGAUCAUUUCUAAGCGGUUUCUGUGGAUUGUUUAUACUGUUGCCGAUUGGACUGUUUACCUCUUGUGAUUCUCUGCCGCCUGCCUUGAUCCUUGCCUGUGUACUGGACUGUGUUUGUUUGCCGCCUGCCCUGAUCUCUGCCUGCUUCCUGAUACCGUUUGUCUGCCGCCUGCCUCGACCAUUGCCUGUCCCCGUUUACGUCUCUGCCUCUGCUCUACCUGUGUAUAU